AUCAAGCUUCCUCUACCUUCUCUCUGAAAAACAAGGAAACAGGGAGAGACAGAGAGAGAAUUGAAAGAGAAGUGAAAAUAAACGAAAGCUUCUCCUAAUCACUCUCUUUCUCUUUCUUUCUCUCUCUCUCUUUGGAUUCAAACAACAGCCGCAACACUCUCUCCUUCGAACAUUUGUUUCUCAAUCAUGAUCUCCUCAAAAACCUCCACUUUUCUGUGCAACUCUGGUAUAGGUGGGUGGUUUUCUUGUAGUAACGAGAGAAAGUGUUAUUUGAGGGUGAAGUGUUCAGCUCCUAGUAAGAGAUCAGGUGAUAGACCAAUCAGCAUUGUAAUGGAGACGAGUCAUUCUUCCACGGUGGCUGAUGUCGAUGAUAAUCCGACCAUUGGGGGCGGUGUUCGGGAUGUUUAUGGUGAGGAUAGGGCCAGUGAGGAUCAGUCUGUUACUCCUUGGAGUGUUUCUGUUGCUAGUGGAUAUACUUUGUUGAGAGAUCCACAUUUUAAUAAAGGACUAGCCUUCACCGAGACAGAGAGAGAUGCACACUACUUGCGUGGUCUUCUUCCUCCAACAGUCAUUCCUCAAGAAACUCAGGUGAAAAAAAUGAUCCACAACAUAAGACAGUAUCAAGUUCCAUUGCAGAAGUACAUGGCCAUGAUGGAUCUUCAGGAGAGAAAUGAAAGGUUGUUUUACAAGCUUCUAGUUGAUCAUGUUGAGGAGUUACUCCCGGUUGUUUAUACUCCAACUGUUGGUGAAGCUUGCCAGAAAUAUGGAUCCAUCUUCAUGCAUCCUCAGGGUCUUUAUAUAAGCUUGAAAGAGAAAGGAAGGAUUCUUGAAGUACUUAGGAAUUGGCCUGAGAAGAACAUUCAAGUCAUUGUUGUAACUGACGGAGAGCGGAUCUUAGGUCUUGGGGAUCUUGGCUGUCAAGGGAUGGGAAUACCAGUCGGAAAACUUUCUUUAUACACCGCACUUGGUGGAGUUCGCCCUUCUUCUUGUUUGCCUAUUACAAUUGAUGUUGGUACAAACAAUGAGAAGUUGUUGAACGACGAAUUAUACAUAGGGCUCAAACAUAAACGAGUAACUGGGCAGGAAUACGCUGAACUUCUUGAAGAAUUCAUGACUGCAGCCAAGAAAAAUUAUGGAGAAAAACUCCUCAUCCAGUUUGAAGACUUUGCAAACCACAAUGCUUUUGCUCUACUUGAAAGAUAUAGGUCAACACAUCUUGUUUUUAAUGAUGAUAUCCAGGGAACUGCAUCAGUUGUCCUUGCAGGACUAGUUGCGGCUCUGAAUUUGGUUGGGGGAAACUUGUUCGAUCAUCGGUUCUUAUUCCUUGGUGCUGGAGAGGCCGGCACUGGUAUAGCAGAACUCAUAGCACUUGAAAUAUCGAAACGGACAAAUGCCCCUCUGGAUGAAGUGCGCAAAAACAUUUGGUUGGUGGAUUCAAAGGGUUUGAUUGUCAAAUCUCGCAAAGAAUCACUCCAACAUUUUAAGAAGCCGUGGGCUCAUGAACACGAACCUGUUAAGGAACUUUUAGAUGCCGUUAAUCAAAUUAAGCCAACAGUGUUGAUUGGAACAUCAGGACAAGGGAAAACUUUUACACGAGAAGUGGUUGAGGCUAUGGCCUCCAAUAAUGAGAAACCUAUUAUUCUUGCCCUUUCCAACCCGACAUCUCAGUCAGAAUGUACUGCUGAAGAAGCUUAUACGUGGACCCAGGGACGUGCCAUCUUUGCUAGCGGUAGCCCAUUUGCCCCAGUUGAAUACGAUGGAAAAGUGUUUGUGCCUGGCCAGGCCAAUAAUGCAUACAUUUUUCCGGGAUUUGGUCUCGGUUUAAUAAUGUCUGGUACCAUCCGAGUGCAUGACGACCUGCUUCUGGCAGCUUCUGAGGCUUUGGCUUCACAAGUGACCCAGGAGGACUAUAACAGGGGACUCAUAUUCCCACCAUUCACCAACAUCAGAAAGAUUUCAGCACACAUAGCUGCCAAAGUGGCUUCGAAGGCAUAUGAGCUUGGAUUGGCGACGCGCCUUCCUCAACCGAAAGAUUUGGUGCUGUAUGCUGAGAGCUGUAUGUAUACUCCAACUUACAGAAACUACCGGUGAAGUCGCAAUAGUCCUUUUUUUCUGUUUCAAUUGUUUAGGUUUUUAAUAUGAGAGAAUUAUCUCUCUUUUUUUUUUUCAUGUACCUUUUCUGCUCUUGUAAGUUAUUCUGUUGUAUUUGGUGGAAUUAGGAGAUUGGUAGUAGUGGUAGCUGGAAUUUAGUAUAGUUUGAAAUAUUUUCUAUUCUUCUAUAUUUUUUAUGUUACAACAAAUAAAAUAGAAAAUGAAGCAGUUAAAAGCAUCUGUAAGCAUAAAUAAAAGCAUUAUGUAUUUCUAAUUUUCUAGUA